UAGUAAUAAAUGUAUUGUUGUAACUGUCCGUUUAAUCGCCGUGCCGUGGAUGAUCCAUCUCCAGUUGAUCGCCAAACAUACAUAUAUGGUCGUCGUUGAUCGGGCUGUAUGCUUAAUUUUUAGAUAAAGGAAGGCUGUAUUUUUAUACUGAUACUAAUCUUCAGUUCCAAUCCAAAUAGCCAAUUGAACGCAGUGUCUUCUUUUUCAGUUGUUCAGAGCACUAGCAUUCACUAGAAGAUUGGUUCAGUCCCGCCGUGCCUUAAGUUCUAGCUGUUUCCAAAUGUCAAUCACAUUUCAUGGACUGACACGAUGGUCUCCGACAAGAAGAUCAGAAGAACACCCCAGUAGUUAGCCAUUGAUUUUUCAUACAUUAGUAGCAUGUGCACCUCAGAAGAUGGCUUUGCUUUCUAGUUUGCAUGAGAUGGGCUCCAUCAACACGGAGUUACCCGUCCUCGCUCCAAUUCAACUUGUGAUCUCUAUUGGUUGCCGUGCCCGUGCGGUUCCCGCCGGUCUGUCACGCUAGGGACGCAACAGGCUAGGAAGGGCCGGGGACAUUGGCGGUAUAAAGAAGAGCAACAGGUUCCAAAUCAAAUUGAUCUCUGAAGUCUCAAGUAAUCAGGCUCAUCACCACUGCAUUUCUGACGAAAAGUGAAAACUGGGAGGUGGUGAAAAAAAGUUCACUAACGUGCAUGGAACUCCAAACAUGCUGACUCUUGACCCUCGUUUGGGUCUCCGCAUUUCCAAAUCGUUAAAGCUAGCAGCAGCACUCAGCCACCAUUCAGCAUCUUGCUACCACUCGCGAGCUAGCUCUAGCAACUUCUGCCAUUGAUCUUUGCUCUUCCAUUAUUUCUCUCCUCAUGCGUCCCCUCCUUGUUCUUUGUGGCCUUCUUUUCUCUCUGCACACUCCCUCAUGCUCCGCGGCCACAGACACACUCUCACGCGGCCAUGCACUCGCCGGGGACGAGAGGCUUGUCUCCGGCAAUGGCAAGUUCGCGCUCGGCUUCUUCCAACCGGGCAGCAGGUCCUCCAACAACACACUCAGCUCAUAUCUUGGCAUAUGGUUCAAUAAAGUCCCCAAGCUGACUCCCGUGUGGACUGCCAACGGAGAUAACCCGAUCACCAACCCCACUUUGCCGGAGCUCAUGAUCUCUGGCGACGGCAACUUGGUCGUCAUAGCUCAUGGUACUGUCAUAUGGUCUACCCAAUCCAACAUCACAACCAACGGUACCACCGUUGUACUCUUGGACAGUGGGAAUCUUGUUCUACGGAGCUCCUCGAACACUUCAUGUGUAUUUUGGCAGAGCUUUGACCACCCGACAGACACCUUUCUGCCGGAAGCUAAGAUUGGUCAAAACAAGGUCACUGGUCUGAACCGUCGCCUUGUCUCAAGAAAGAAUUCGAUUGACCAAGCUUCAGGUGUGUACUCCUCGGAGCUCGGCCUCGAUGGGAUCUUCAUAUCGUUAUGGAAUUCAUCCGAACGGUACUGGUCUAGCGGGGAGUGGAACGGCAAGUUCUUCAGCUCGAUACUGGAGAUGUCGGCGCAAUCAGGUUUCGUUGCAUGCAACUACACGUUUGUCAACAAUGACCAAGAGGUUUACUUCUCCUACACCGUGUUGGAUGAGAGUGUGAUCAUUCAGAACUUCCUAGAUGUCUCUGGUCAGUGGAAGACACGCAUAUGGCUGAAACAGGACUGGAUGACGCUAGCCCUCCAACCAAAUCACCCGUGUGAUGUCUAUGCUGCAUGCGGGCCUUUCACAGUCUGCACUGAGGAUGAAAAUCUUUUGUGCAGCUGCAUGAAGGGUUUCUCUGUACGAUCACCUCAGGACUGGGGGCUAGAGGAUACAAGAGGUGGCUGCAUCCGGAAUACUCCAUUAAACUGUCGCGGUGGCAACAAAACUGAGAUAGGUAUGACAGACAAAUUCUACUCUUUGCCAAGAAUUACUCUGCCUGAGAAUGGCAAAAGUAUAAAUGCCAUGAGCGCGAAAGAAUGUGCAGAUGUAUGUUUGAGUGAUUGCUCUUGCACUGCAUAUUCCUACGGCAAAGGUGGUUGCACUGUAUGGCAUGGUGAAUUGCUUAAUGUAGUGGCUGGUGGUAUUGGAGAAAUUCUUUACCUUCGCCUUGCGGCAAAAGAGCUGCAGAGUUUGAAGAGAAAAAGAGGUGGAAUGAUCAUUGGUGUUGGCACUAGCACAUGCAUCGUCUCUUUUGGUUUCAUGUUUCUGAUUGUGCUCUGGAGGACAAGGGGGAAGUGGUCUAGUCACACAAUGGACAACGAUCAUGGUGGCAUUGGGGUCAUUGCAUAUAGAUAUGUUGAUUUGCAACGUGCAACUAAAAACUUCUCAAAGAAGCUAGGCGAAGGCGGCUUUGGUUCUGUGUUUAAGGGGUGCUUAAGUAACUCGGUUGACAUAGCAGUGAAAAGGCUCGAAGGUGCCCGUCAAGGAGAGAAGCAAUUCAGGACCGAAGUGAGUUCAAUAGGAAUCAUUCAGCAUGUCAAUUUGGUCAGGCUGAUUGGGUUUUGCUGCGAAGGUGGUAGGAGGUUACUUGUGUAUGAACACAUGCCAAACUGUUCCCUUGAUGCCCAUCUAUUUCAGAGCCAGGGUACAAGAUUGUAUUGGAAUGUUAGAUGCCAGAUAGCUCUUGGAGUUGCUAGAGGGUUGGCAUACUUGCACCAUGGUUGUCGAGACUGUAUUAUACAUUGUGACAUCAAACCACAGAACAUACUUCUCGAUGCAUCUUUUGUUCCUAAAAUUGCAGAUUUUGGAAUGGCAAAGUUUCUAGGAAGGGACUUCAGUCGUGUUUUGACUACAAUGAGAGGAACCAUCGGAUAUCUUGCUCCUGAAUGGAUUAGUGGAAUAGCUAUUACAUCGAAAGUUGAUGUUUACGGCUACGGGAUGGUCCUGCUAGAGAUCAUAUCAGGAAAGAGGAACUCAGGUAAGGAAUCUUCUAGCAACAGUGACCAUGCAAGUUAUUUUCCUGUGCAAGUUGUUCACAAGCUUCUCAAUGGAGACGUUGCGAGCCUUGUAGAUGAAAACUUGCAUGGUGAUGUGAACUUGGAGGAGGUUGAAAGGGUUUGCAAAGUAGCGUGUUGGUGUAUCCAAGAUAGUGAGUUUGAUCGACCCACAAUGGUUGAGGUGGUACAAUUUCUAGAGGGUACGUUGGAGCCCGGUAUGCCUCCAAUGCCUAGAUUACUCGAUUCUAUCAUAGGGGGCUCAUAUUCGACAUGAUUGCGUGUUCUGUAGCUUUACAGAAGCAAUCCAUGAGAAGUUUAGAGUUCAUUUGUCUCAUAGUAUAUAAAUAAAAGUUUUCUUU